UUACAUAGAGAAAAACAUGUUAGCGGUUCUACUACUCACAGGGUCAUACUCAAUGAUGUCUUGCAGUGUCACCCAGUUUACCUUUGUUUCAAACAACCAGACGUGGGAUGCUGCCCAGAGUUAUUGCAGAAGUACAUUUACAGACCUGGCAACAGUUGAAAAUGAAGAGAUAAAUCAGCAGCUGGUAAACGUCUCUCAAGGGAAAUCAUUCUGGAUUGGACUGAGACGUAACAGAGACAACUGGCAGUGGUCAAGUGGGGAAAACGUGACUUAUACUAACUGGAAUAGAAACCUUUUCUGUGCAUUUGUUCAAUCAGAUGGAUCCUGGAAUGAUAAUAUCAGCAGUACCAAAAUGCCUUUCAUGUGUUACAAUGAAACCAAUAACAUUAGUAAGAAGUAUUUCUGGAUAAAUGUGAGCCUGACCUGGAGUAGAGCUCAAAACUACUGUCGCGUGAACUACACAGACCUGGUCAGUAUAAAAAAUGAGACUGAAAAUCAGGAG